CGCAGUUAGGUAGCGGUGAUUUUUUUUAGCGGGGCUAUUUACAUUAGGGUUGCACACGCCCAAAGUAGCCUACAGACGGGAUUUGAAAACGCAAUGGAUUUCAGCUACCUUUGUUUAUUUUUAAAACAAAGUUAAAGACGCCUUACUCUUUUUUAAGUGCUGUUGUUGAAAUUAGUUCGCGAUGUCAUGUUUACGGAAAUGUUCCAAAAGGACAAACUCGGAGGAAUCGGUUUUUCAAGCGGAGAUAAAGAGAGUCGCACUGGAAAAUGGGAAGUUGAUAGGUAUUGUUUGGAGGGGGAUGCAGAUCUCCAGUUCCUGUUGAGAGGGGGUCCGCUCAGGAAGGUGCGCUCCGACUCCUGGCAGAAGAGUCGUUUCUUCAGGCUACUGGAGGACUGCAAAACGAUGUGGCACGAGUCGCACAAGGCCCUGAAGUCCAACAAGACCUUCUCGAUCGACGACAUUGAGUCCGUGAGGCGAGGCCGGCAAUCGGAGGCCCUGCAGAAAUACACGGAGGCCAAGGUGGAGAACCAGUGCUUCUCCAUCAUCUUCAAAGAUAGUCGCAAGAACCUGGACCUCCAGGCCAACUCAGCUGAGGAAGCAAAGCGAUGGGUUACCAGCCUGGAGAAGGUCAUCAGCAACAUGGACAACCUCAACCGCCAUCAGAAGAUGGAGCACUGGAUCUUCAACUGCAUGCGUAAAGCAGACAAGAAUGAAGACAACAAAAUGAACCUGAAGGAACUGAAGCACUUCCUGCGGCAGAUCAAUGUUGAAGUGGAUGACACCUAUGCAGAAGAGCUUUUUAAGAAAUGUGACACAUCUCAAUCAGACACGUUGGAAGGACAGGAAAUCAAGGAGUUCUACAAUUUGCUAACCCACCGAGAAGAGGUCAGUGUCAUCUACACCAAGUAUGCUCGGACAAAUGGCAAAAUGAGCGCAGAGGACCUGUUGAACUUCCUUCAGAAAGAGCAACGGGAGUCCGUCUCACUGGAUCAUGCAGUCCAGUUAAUCCAGAAGUAUGAACUUGAUGACUCGGCCAAGCAGAAAAAUCAGAUGUCCGAGGACGGUUUCCUGAUGUACCUGCACCAGCCUGAGGGCAUGAUCCUCAACCAUGAACACAGGCCAGUGUAUCAGGACAUGAGCCAGCCCCUUAACCAUUACUUCAUCUCAUCCUCCCACAACACCUACCUGAUGGAGGAUCAACUCAAGGGGCCUAGCAGCAUUGAGGCCUACAUCCGGGCACUGAUGAAGAGCUGUCGUUGUGUGGAGCUGGAUUGCUGGGACGGACCUAAUGGCGAGCCGAUUAUAUAUCACGGCUACACUCUCACUUCCAAAAUCCUCUUCAAAGAUGUCAUCAAAGCCAUCAAGGAAUAUGCCUUCAAGACUUCAGAGUACCCAGUGAUCCUCUCCUUGGAGAACCACUGCAAACUGGAGCAGCAGAAGCUGAUGGCCCAACACUUGACUUCCAUUCUGGGUAGUGCCCUGGUCAAUCAGCCCCUGGAGGACCACAUGCCCACACACUUUCCCUCUCCAGAGGAGCUGAAGGGUCGGUUUCUCAUCAAGGGCAAACGGCUGAACAAGCUGGAUGCUUUUUUCAACCCCAACAGUGUGGUGGAGGACGACUGUGUAUCUGAGGAAGAUGAGGCUGCCGAAGCUUCGAAACAGGCUCCAGCAAACGGAGAGAAGCACAAACCCAAGAAAUCUACAAUGAAGCUGGCAAAAGAGCUUUCUGACAUUGUCGUUUACUGCAAGAGUGUUCACUUCAGCAGCUUUGAGCACGCAAGAAAGAACCAGGCCUUUUAUGAGAUGGCCUCCUUCAAGGAGAGCAAAGCAUUGAAUUUGGCUGAAAACUCAGCCACAGGAUACAUUCAGCACAACGUGGACAAGCUCAGCCGAAUCUACCCAGCAGGCUCCAGAACAGACUCCUCCAACUACAACCCCAUUCCCAUGUGGAAUGCUGGCUGUCAGAUUGUGGCACUGAACUUCCAGACACCCUGCAAGCAGAUGGACCUGAACCAAGGUCGCUUCCUGCCCAACGGUCGGAGUGGGUACAUCCUGAAACCCAAGUUCAUGCGUGACAAAGCGUCCAAGUUUGACCCCAUCACACUCAGAGAAGGAGAGUGGUUCCAGCGCAAGACACUCCACGUGAUGGUCAUCUCAGGCCAGCAGCUUCCCAAAAUCAACAAGGACAAAGCCAAAUCUAUUGUGGACCCCUUGGUGAGGAUGGAGAUAUAUGGCGUACCUGUAGAUGUGGCCACUAAGGAAACUCGCCACAUUCAGAACAACGGCUUCAACCCCAUGUGGAACGAGAAGUUCAAGUUCAGUGUCUGUGUGCCGAAACUUGCCCUGGUGCGUUUUGUAGUGGAGGACUAUGACGCCGCAUCCCACAAUGACCGAAUUGGACAGUAUACCCUGCCCUUCACAAGUAUAAAAAACGGAUACCGACACAUUCCUCUCCUGACAAAGAAUGGCGAUGUCAUCCCCUCAGCUGGAGUGUUUGUACAUAUCAUGAUUUUGGAUGACUAAUAGGAUCUGAGUUCCUGAAUCUCUGAUCUCCUGCUACAGCGGAACGCCAAAGCAUAAAGAUUUCAGUGAUCGGACACCAUUUUACCCGUAAAGACACCCAGCACCUACAGUACAUCACUAUUAUCUGUCAAUAACUGCUCCUGUUUUCUUGUGCUCUAAAUGAAAACAGCUACUUUUUGUAAGGCUUCAUUCAAAAUGUAUUUUCUCCUUUUUAAAGUGAAAUUCCAUUGGAUCAUUUUUAAGUGGGGUGAAAUAGAACAUUUACAAAUCGAAGAUAGAUUUUAAUUAAAUAUCUAUUUAAAUUGAAAUAUUUUCCAUCAUAUUCUUUUAUGUUUCACAUUCCAGGUUUUCAAGAUAUGCUCUAUUAAGAAACAUUGCUAUGCAGAACACUCCUGGAAAUGUACAUAUAUAAUAUUUUUUCCUUUGUGAGUUACAAGGAUCUUUUGUGCAAAACUGUUGUAUUAUAUGUUGUUUCUUCCAGACAGUGUUUUUAAGGAUUUCUGAAUGCAUAUUACUUCUGUUAUCCAGCACUAAACAUCUCGCUUUUUUAGUCGCUUUUGAGAUUGAAAUGACAUGUAUUUUCAAAUGUUUUUGUUUGCUGAUGAACCCAUGUAUCAGUUUUUGCACUUAAAGGCAUACUAUGCAGGAUUUUUACCUUGAAAACAUUACAACCAUGCUAAGACUCUGAUUCCACUGGCAAUCUCUGUCUUUACGAACCUUCAUCGAAUUUGUGCACCUUUGUCUGUAUUUGUUAUUCUAAAAUGUUUUUUGGGAUAUUUCUGGGCAUGGCAUUCUUUUCUGUGUGGGGAGGGGUGGGUGUGGCUAUAGAGCCUGCUAUUUGUGAUUUUAUUUCGACGGAGUGUUUGUUUCUACCUAGCUAGCUGCUGUAAUGGUGGCUCCAGGUGAAGACGUUGAGAUGCAGCGAAGCAAAAGUAUAAGCCGACAGGACUUGUUCAAGAUCUAGAGUUAACCUUGGAAUUGUUUUUCCUUGGUGGCCAUAGCUGAAGUUCGCCAAGGGGAAAAGUGACGUGGAUUUGGUAUGUUUUCUGUUGGACCUGUAAAUAACGUUACCUCUGGCUAUCCAGCUAGCUACAUUAAAAUGGCUGAAGUCAAAUAUUCAGGGUGAGUGGGUGGGGUUGAAGAUGGAGGAGACUUCUUUGAUUGUAAACACAGGACUUCAGCAAGGCUAAAAAAAAAUCCUGCAUUGUACGCCUUUACCUAAGCUGUUCAGUCGAAGAGAUUAUUUUAUCACCUGUGUCUACAACACACAAAUCAGGAAUAUCUUACAUUGAUGUUGGGCUAACUGGUAAAACAGUAAAAUUCUACUCUUAAGCAAUACGAUUCAUAUCAGGAGAUGUCUGUUCCACAGAUCCAGUGUUUUGUGUACGUGAGUGAUGGCUAUUUUUAAACCUUUUAGAGGACUGAUUUGGAUUAAAAUACUUUGACAUGGUUAAGCUGUGGAAGAAUGUAUGUAAGCGAGCUAAUUUGUUUCAAAGAUUUUGGUUUUAUGUAUAAACCUGCACAUUUCUGGACCAAAGCUGCAUUAUCUAGCCCUUCUCUUUGUACACAGUGCAUCUGUUGCUAUCAUACUAAGGUUGAGUGGAGAUUUGAGAGGAGUGUGCAUCACACCAAUCAGUAUAAAGUGCACAUUAUCUUGGUGUCUGCAGAAUUUAAUCAAUCUGCAGCAUUUCACAAUCAAGAAAAGACUUACGAGGUCUUCCUUUCAAACAGCAGACAGCAUGUACCUUAUUUUGUCGUACAACAGCCUGUAUCUGAACACUUUUGUUUGUUGCUUUUCUCUAUCAUUCACUUGUGCUUUUUCUAUAUUUGUAUGUGGUAGCCUAAUGCACUGUCCGCAGUGAGAGUAAAGCAUGUAAAAAGUACAUUUUUUAAAAUGACAAAUAAUCAUUUCUACAGUUUGGUGAGCUGGUAGCAUUAUUUUUACUUUUACUCCAUUUUUGUUAUAACAAUAGAAAAUAAACGGUAAUCAAAAGGUAAA